GAAUUUUGACGUUUAACCUUAGAAAAGAGUUGUUUACAAAUAUGUAUAUAUUUUAAAAUCCUUUAAUUUCAUUAUUAUGGCUUACAAUUAUUCUAGCUCUAAUUUUAAUAAUAGCAAUUACAUUCCGAAGAAUAAUAUAGAACGUACUGCUGGAAAAUACAAACAGAAGGUUAUGUUAUUAAAACAAAUGAUUCGGGAGUAUGUUCACGAAAAUGCUGCAAUGGUAGAUGAAUUAGAAGAAAUUCAAAUGAAAAUCAUUAUCAGAAAAGAAGAGCGAAAAUUUCUUUUGAAAAAAUUAUGCGAAUAUGAACCCCAAGUAGCACUAGAAGUCCAAAACGCAGCUAAAGAUGGACCUUCGUACAAGUCAAAUGUUCCCAACUCAUCAACUAUUGGUAAUUCAAAUUCAGACAAAAAAUCUAAAAAGAAAAUUGACUCCACAGAAAGGAGAUCAUCUGGAAUGAAAUCGAGAAAAAGUUCAUCAAAAAGUAGAAAAAAAGUUGUACAACCAGUACCCGUCGAUCAUAAUGGUAAACCAGUGUUUCCAAUUGAAUUGGGUAGACUUACCUUACACUCUCUUGGAGAAGUAGUCUAUAAUAGACCUGAAUUCCAUUCAGAAAAUGCUAUUUACCCUGUUGGAUAUGUAUCUACCAGAACAUACGGUAGUUUGAAAGAUCCCACACAGAAAUGUGUAUAUACUUGUAAAAUAUCAGAUGUAAACGAUACACCAAGAUUUGAAAUAGCAUCAGAUGAUCAUAGCCAGUCAAUAUCGGGGGAUACCCCAGAUAUAUGUCAUUCACUUCUUCUGCAAGGCAUCAAUGAUUCUCUAUCGUUCAAUGUUGUUAGUACAAGACCAAGAGGACAUGACUUCUUUGGACUAUCACAUCCUACAGUUCUCCACCUAAUCCAGAGUUCUCCGGGAGCCCGUAGAUGUUCCAACUAUAAAUGGAUUAAAUUCGAGGUUUCAAAACAGUGCGAACCUUUUACAGAUGACAACGAUGCUGGAUUAAGUUAUGAGUACUUGCAGAGAAGUAUAAAUUUUUGUAAAUAUAAAAUGGCACCCGACGUUUUACAGAGACCUGACGAUUUUUUAGAUACUAAGGAUAAUUUAGUUCUUUUUUAAUAAAAACUUUUUCGUA